UGAGUCAAAUAGUUUUGAAGAAUGGAAAAAAUUACUGGAAAGGUAUUUGCUUUCAUGAUGGUUACAAUGAUUCUUUUUGCAGGACAACUGAUGGCUGAUCAAGUUACCGAAGUAUGUUUGUGUAGAAAAUCGCCUCAAGGUGAAACGGAUGUCGAGAAAUGUUUGAGAAAUUGUCAAAACUAUUGCCAUAUAACCCACACCAAAGCAAAAAAUAUGAUUGAAACAAACCAAAUAUGCUUAUGCAGAGUAGCAUCUCAAGGUAAACAUGAUGUUGAAAGUUGUAUGAGAAGCUGCAAGAGCUAUUGCCAUAUCGACACCACUUCUUAGGUUUAUCUAACAACUAUUAAU